CAGAUCUUUCUACAAGCUUCCUUCGCAGUUCGCACCGCUCUUAAAUCACAGAAACUCUGGAUUCCACCUUCAUGUGAGAAGAUAAAACAAAGGCGAGGAACAAAAAACCUCUGCCGCCAUGGCAACAGAACGAGAAGCACAACGAGCGGAAACUAGAACAGAGACUCCCUCUGUUUUCCAAGGAGUUCUCAGGAACAGAGACCACCUCUUUCUCUUCACGCCCUUCCUCUUAGGAUUCUCCGAUUCACAUACCCACCGGAACCCUAAUCCAGACCCGCCGGGAAAUAACGCCCGCGAUGAUCCUCCGCCGCCUGAGAGAAUCGUCCUCGUCAACCCCUUCACACAAGUCAUGGUCGUGAUCCACAGAUCACCGGGCUCGGAUCCCCUGCUCCGCACCCUAGUCGGGAACCGUAAAUCGGGUCGUCCUCCGGCGUCGAAGGCCUCCGUCGACGCGUUACCGGCCGUCGAGAUCGAAUCCGGCGGCGGAGAGUGCGCGAUCUGUCUGGAUGAUAUGGUGGUCGGAGAGACGGGGAAGGAGAUGCCGUGUAAGCAUAGGUUUCACGGACAGUGCAUAGAGAAGUGGUUGCUGCUUCAUGGGUCGUGCCCUGUUUGCAGGUUCGAGAUGCCUGUUGAUGAAGACCAGGCCUCGAAGAAGAGAGACGACGAUGAAGGUGGUCAGAGAGAGAUCUGGGUAAGGUUUAGUUUCAGUGACGGCGGUCGGAGAGGCAGAGAUUCCGAGCAUGACGCCCUAUCUGACAACGGUGACCAGAGUGUCUCCGGCGAAACCAAUGUCGUGGAAUCUGAGAAUUAGGGUUUUUUCUUUUGUCAUUGUUCAUCUUCUUCUUCUGAGUUUUUGAUUUGGGUUUCGAUCUCUUGAGUUGGAUUCUCUGUUUUUUGGUGCAAUGUGUAAAUUUUGGUGCUUUUUUUUUCUUCUUUAAAAGAAUUGUUUUCCUUUAUUUUA